AUAAAUUUAAUCAGAUUCAAUUGAGAGAAUGAGUUCUUUUUAUUUACUUAUUUUUCUCGCAUUUUGAAUAUGAUGAAACGAAACCCAUGUGUUCAUGAAUCGUGAAUGACAUAAAAAGCAAUUUUUUUGUCAAUUCUUGUUUCUUUUCUUAUAUAAGAAGAACCCAUUUUCCUUUUGCCGUAGCUCGAUCUCUGUAAAUUCGCAUCAGAGGAAUUUAGUCUGAGUGGAGAAUAAAUAAAGCAGAUAAGUCGAGAGUUUUUGAGUGACGAAAAUGAGUUCCUUUUCAGAGUUUGUCUUUCAUUAGGUUUUUUUUUUUUUUUCCCGAUUUUUCUUUUAUUUCUUGGAAAAAGUUGAAGGAGUCUGUGUGUGAUAGGAGGACUUGGAUUUUUAAAAGGGCAACGGAGCGUCGUUGAAAAAACUAGAUAAUAAACAGAGAGAGAGAGAGAGAGAGAGAGAGAGAGAGAGAGAGAGAGAGAGAGAGAGAGAGAGAGAAGUGAAGAAGAAGAAAAAUGGAAGUCACGAAGAAGAAAAAGAAGAAGAAUAUCAAUAACGAAGAUUCAAAGAAGAAGGAACGUCAUAUUGUUACUUGGACACCAGAGGAGGAUGUUAUACUAAGAGAACAAAUUACUCUUCAUGGAACCGAAAAUUGGGCGAUCAUCGCAUCCAAGUUUAAGGAUAAGAGCACAAGGCAAUGCAGAAGAAGAUGGUAUACAUACUUAAACUCUGAUUUCAAAAGAGGAGGUUGGUCCCCUGAAGAAGAUAUGCUUUUGUGUGAGGCACAAAGAGUAUUUGGGAAUAGAUGGACUGAGAUAGCAAAGGUGGUUUCAGGCAGAACGGAUAAUGCUGUCAAGAACAGGUUUACAACACUUUGUAAGAAGAGAGCCAAGCAUGAAGCUAUGGCUAAAGAGAACAACUCAAACAACAAAAGAAUGUUGUUCUUAGACGGUAUCACUACACCUCGAAAAGCCGAGAAUGAAGCUCCUAUUGCCAAGAAAAUGAGGAGAAGUCACAUUCUAGAUCUUACAGAGAUCGGUAAUUAUGGAAAGGCUGAGACUUGUGUGAAUCAGCUGACAAGAUCUCCAUUUUCGGUAUUAGCGCGGGAUGCCACGGAUAUUGAUAUCUCGGAGGAACAGAAUCAAGCAAUCAAUGUGAAGGAGAGUGAUGGUGAAGGGACGUUUCUGAAAAAGGAUGAUCCAAAAGUAACAGCUUUGAUGCAACAAGCUGAACUUUUAAGCUCGUUGGCGCAGAAAGUAAAUGCAGACAACACAGAACAAAGCAUGGAGAACGCUUGGAAGGUCCUUCAGGAUUUCUUGAAUAAGGGCAAGGAAAAUGAUUUAUUCAGAUAUGGAAUACCUGACAUUGAUUUUCAAAUCGACGAAUUUAAGGAUCUUGUAGAGGAUUUGAGGAGUAGUUAUGAAGAGAAUCAGCCAUCUUGGAGGCAACCUGAUCUCCAUGACUCACCAGCUAGCUCUGAGUAUAGUUCAGGAUCAACUAUCAUGGUGGAUCAGUCUGGUGACAGAACACAGCCAUCAGUGUCUGAUACUCAGACAGAACAUAAACAAGGUGAAGAUGAGUUCCUCUCAACUUGCGAUGUCUUGAAAAAUCCUGAUGAGAAUAUGCCCAUCUCGGGAGAAGAAAAGUUCAGCUCGCCUAUUCAUGUCACACCAUUGUUCAGAUCUCUAGCAGAUGGCAUCCCAAGUCCACAAUUCUCUGAAAGUGAGAGGAGCUUCCUGCUAAAAACACUCGGGAUCGAGUCCUCAUCUCCAUGUCCAAGUGCUAAUCCUUCACAACCGCCCCCUUGCAAAAGAGCCCUUCUCCAUAGUUUGUAAAACCAACCAAACCAGCCAUCUCUCUCAUACCCUUAUGAGCCCUAAACCGCGGUUUUGUCUCCAUGGAGACGUAAUUUUUUCCCAAUUUUACUAGAUUUCAUUUUAGGUUUUGCAGCCAUAUCGGCCUGAAAGUUUUUAUGAAGCGGGCAUGCCAUGAUCUGCAUUCCUUCCUCAAGGUUUUAAAAUCUCUUUCUUGGUCCAAGAAUGUUAAUGGUAACAUUUCUAGCACCAUCAAAGAAAGCUCCCAAGAAUCUGCCAUAUACUCAGAUUCAAAUUUUCUCUUUCUUUUCUUCUUACUAAACAUAAGGAAGCCAUCUACAAAGGAAGGCACCGGUGUGUCUUCAGAAAAAUUCUUUGGUUUGUCUUUAAGAGUCAUACUCAGAUACAUCAUCUGAGCAUUUCUCCCUGAUUUCUUGAUUUGUUUUCUUCAUCUUUGUACAUAAUCUCUAUCACAUAUAUAUAAAGAAGUCUUUCAGUGUGUAACUCUAGGGAAAAGAAACAACUCGGAAGAGGGAAGAGUUUUACCUGUUUGUCAGCUGCUCUUCUCUCACAGGUGUGAAAGAAGAAGACAAAAGAACUUAAAACUUGUUCCCUCCUAGGAUUUUGUGUUGCAAAAUGUGCUUGUAAAGACAUAUAUGAGUGGAAAUAUGAUUUGAUUUUUGUUUUA